AUGGCUACCCAUGAAACAAGUCCUAUCGAAUAUUUGUUUAUCGCUCAAUUAGCUGGACUUAAACAAUUUACUAAUCUUUUAUCAUAUGUUCCUCAUCUUUGUCGUUUAUCAAUUGAUCAUUUACAUGGCUAUGAUCAUAAAAAAAUCCAAGUAUUUCCAAAAGUGUUCAAUAAAUUAACACAUGUUUCUCUUAGAUUAGAUUAUAUAACACUCGAUGAAUUUGAACCAAUAAUUAGACAUUUUUUUCAUCAUCUUCAAGUUUUACGAAUUUCUACUGGAGAUGAUCUGGCAUAUUUGAAUGCUAAUCGAUGGCAACAAAUAAUUUUGUCACAUAUGAUUCAUUUACAUAUUUUUGAUUUUCAACAUUCGUAUAAUUUCACGGUCUAUCAUAAUCAAGCUUUUUUUUCUUCUCUAAUCAAACACUUCACAUCUUCAUUUUGGAUCGAACGAGAAUGGUAUUUUGCAAAUCAAUAUCCAAGUGGAGAUGGCUUGAAUUGUGGAAUAUUCUACUCAAUACAAUCGUGCAGGAGAACAGACUACAUAUUAUCGAGCCAACAUGAUCAAAUCGAUGACAAAAAUCAUACUACAAACGAUUUUCCUUUAGUUCGUCAUGUUCAUAUUCAAAAUCAAUCAGCAAUUGAUAAUUGUUCGAUCUAUUUCUCGAAUGCCGAUGAACUUACCAUUUCUGAUAAUGAAUAUAUACCUUGUGAUUCGAUUACAACUAUUCUCAAUCGUAUUGUACUUUUAGAAAAACUUCAAAAAAUAAUUAUCAAUUGUGAGCACUUUUCUUUUGAUAUCGUGGUCAAAAUAUUAUGUUCUACACCGAAUUGUUCUAAAUUAAUACUUCAUUCUCUAUUACUAAAUGAAAUCGAUGGUGUAUCAUUAAAAGAUAAUUCACUGUUUCAAGUGAUAUCAAACAAAAAUAAAAUGAAGGAUCUGACAGUUAAAUCGAUGUGUACGUUUGAAGAAGUUAAAUUAUUUGUAAAACUUUGUCCUCAUGUGCAACAUCUUUCUAUCAAAGUCUCUCAAGAUAACUUUAUAUCGACUAUAAAAUGUUGA